GUGUCGGGGUUGCGGGUGCCGUGUCGACGUCACUUCCGGCCGAAGCCAAGAUGGCGGCGGCGCGGCCGCGGGCGCCAGGGCGACGGCGGCGGCUGAGGCUCUGGGCUCGCUGAAGCGUUGGCACGUCGCGCUCUGGGCUCAUGUAAUCAAAGAAGUUUCUUUGUUGUGUGUAUCUUCACAGAACACAACAGGAAUUGAAAAUGCAUCAGAACACUGAGUCUGUGGCAGCCACUGAGACUCUGGCUGAGGUACCUGAACAUGUGCUUCGAGGACUUCCAGAGGAAGUAAGACUUUUCCCAUCUGCAGUCGACAAGACUCGGAUUGGUGUCUGGGCUACUAAACCAAUUUUAAAAGGGAAAAAGUUUGGGCCAUUUGUUGGUGAUAAGAAGAAGAGAUCCCAGGUUAGGAAUAAUGUGUACAUGUGGGAGGUCUACUACCCAAAUUUGGGGUGGAUGUGCAUUGAUGCCACCGAUCCGGAGAAGGGCAACUGGCUACGCUAUGUGAACUGGGCUUGCUCAGGAGAAGAGCAGAAUUUAUUUCCACUGGAAAUCAACAGAGCCAUUUACUAUAAAACCUUAAAGCCAAUCGCGCCUGGCGAGGAGCUCCUGGUCUGGUACAAUGGGGAAGACAACCCUGAGAUAGCAGCUGCGAUUGAGGAAGAGCGAGCCAGCGCCCGGAGCAAGCGGAGCUCCCCGAAGAGCCGCAGAGGGAAGAAGAAAUCACACGAGAACAAAAACAAAGGCAUCAGAACCCACCCCACACAGCUGAAGGCAAGUGAGCUGGACUCUACCUUUGCAAACAUGAGGGGCUCUGCAGAAGGUCCAAAAGAAGAGGAUGAGAGGCCUUUGGCUUCGGCACCUGAGCAGCCAGCCCCUCUGCCGGAGGUGGGGAACCAAGAUGCAGUUCCACAGGUGGCCAUCCCUCUCCCUGCCUGCGAGCCACAGCCAGAGGUAGAUGGGAAACAAGAAGUCACAGACUGUGAGGUCAAUGAUGUGGAGGAAGAGGAGCUGGAAGAGGAAGAGGAGCUGGAAGAGGAGGAGGAGGAGGAGUUGGGAGAAGAUGGGGUAGAAGAAGCAGACAUGCCGAAUGAAAGCUCUGCGAAAGAGCCGGAGAUCCGGUGUGAAGAAAAGCCAGAAGACUUAUUAGAAGAGCCACAGAGCAUGUCGAAUGAAGCUCGUGAAGACUCUCCAGACGUGACCCCUCCUCCCCACACUCCCAGAGCUAGAGAGGAGGCCAACGGUGAUGUACUUGAGACAUUUAUGUUUCCGUGUCAGCACUGUGAAAGAAAAUUUGCAACGAAGCAGGGGCUAGAGCGUCACAUGCACAUCCACAUUUCUACCAUCAAUCAUGCUUUCAAGUGCAAGUACUGUGGGAAACGGUUUGGCACACAGAUUAACAGGAGGCGGCAUGAACGGCGCCACGAAACGGGGUUGAAGAGAAGACCCAGCAUGACUUUACAGUCCUCAGAGGAUCCAGAUGAUGGCAAGGGGGAAAAUGUUACUUCUAAAGAUGAGUCAAGUCCACCUCAACUCGGGCAAGACUGUUUGAUAUUGAACUCAGAGAAAACCUCACAGGAAGUACUGAAUUCAUCUUUUGUGGAAGAAAAUGGUGAAGUUAAAGAACUUCAUCCGUGCAAAUACUGCAAAAAGGUAUUUGGAACUCACACCAAUAUGAGACGACAUCAGCGUAGAGUUCAUGAGCGCCACCUGAUUCCCAAAGGUGUCAGGCGAAAAGGAGGACUUCUGGAAGAGCCACAGCCACCAGCAGAGCAGGCUCCACCCUCCCAGAAUGUCUAUGUCCCAAGCACAGAGCCAGAGGAGGAAGGGGAAACAGAUGACGUGUACAUCAUGGACAUUUCUAGCAACAUCUCUGAAAACCUAAAUUACUAUAUUGACGGUAAGAUUCAGACCAACAGCAGCACUAGUAACUGUGAUGUGAUUGAGAUGGAGUCUAAUUCUGCACACUUGUAUGGCAUAGACUGUCUGCUCACUCCAGUGACCGUGGAGAUUACUCAGAACAUAAAGAGCACUCAGGUCUCUGUGACAGAUGAUCUUCUCAAAGACUCUCCCAGCAGCACAAAUUGUGAGUCUAAGAAACGGAGGACUGCCAGUCCACCUGUGCUCCCCAAAAUUAAAACGGAGACGGAGUCUGAUUCCACAGCACCCUCGUGUUCCUUAAGUCUGCCCCUGAGCAUAUCCACAGCCGAGGUGGUGUCCUUCCAUAAAGAGAAGGGCGUCUAUUUGUCGUCCAAGCUCAAGCAGCUUCUUCAGACCCAGGACAAGCUGACCCUUCCUGCAGGGUUUUCAGCAGCUGAGAUUCCUAAGUUAGGUCCCGUGUGUGCGUCUGCUCCUGCAUCCAUGUUGCCCGUGACCUCUAGUAGGUUUAAGAGACGCACCAGCUCUCCACCGAGCUCUCCACAGCACAGCCCUGCCCUUCGAGACUUCGGGAAACCAAAUGAUGGGAAAGCAGCAUGGACAGACACAGUCCUGACUUCCAAGAAACCCAAGUUAGAAAGUCGUAGUGACUCACCAGCAUGGAGUUUGUCUGGGAGAGAUGAAAGAGAAACCGGAAGCCCUCCUUGCUUUGAUGAAUACAAAAUAUCAAAGGAAUGGGCAGCCAGUUCUACUUUCAGCAGUGUGUGCAACCAACAGCCAUUGGAUUUAUCCAGCGGGGUCAAACAGAAGUCAGAGGGCACAGGCAAGACUCCAGUCCCAUGGGAAUCUGUAUUGGAUCUCAGUGUGCAUAAAAAGCCUUGCGAUUCUGAAGGCAAGGAAUUCAAAGAGAACCAUUUGGCACAGCCAGCUGCAAAGAAGAAAAAACCAACCACCUGUAUGCUUCAAAAGGUUCUUCUCAAUGAGUAUAAUGGUGUUAGCUUACCUACAGAAACCACACCAGAGGUGACCAGGAGCCCAAGUCCUUGUAAAUCCCCAGAUACACAGCCAGAUCCUGAACUUGGUCCUGACUCAAGUUGCUCAGUCCCCACUGCUGAGUCUCCACCUGAAGUUGUUGGCCCUUCCUCACCCCCUCUCCAGACAGCCUCCUUAUCCUCCGGUCAGCUGCCUCCUCUCUUAACCCCCACAGAGCCUUCUUCCCCUCCCCCCUGCCCUCCUGUGUUAACUGUUGCCACUCCACCACCUCCCCUCCUUCCAACCGUCCCUCUCUCCCACCCCUCUUCUGAUGCCUCCCCUCAGCAGUGUCCCUCUCCGUUCUCAAACACCACUGCUCAGUCUCCUCUUCCCAUUCUCUCCCCAACAGUGUCUCCCUCUCCCUCUCCCAUUCCUCCUGUAGAGCCACUUAUGUCUGCUGCUUCCCCUGGUCCCCCAACACUUUCUUCCUCCUCCUCUUCUUCCUCUUCCUUCCCUUCCUCUUCCUGCUCCUCCACCUCCCCCUCCCCACCCCCUCUUUCAGCAGUGUCAUCUGUGGUUUCCUCUGGGGACAACCUGGAGGCAUCUCUGCCUGCAGUAACUUUCAAACAGGAGGAGUCAGAGAGUGAAGGUCUGAAACCCAAGGAAGAGGCCCCACCUGCAGGGGGACAGAGUGUGGUCCAAGAAACAUUCAGCAAAAACUUCAUUUGCAAUGUCUGUGAAUCGCCUUUUCUUUCCAUUAAAGACCUAACCAAACAUUUAUCCGUCCAUGCUGAAGAGUGGCCCUUCAAAUGUGAGUUUUGUGUGCAGCUGUUUAAGGUUAAGACUGAUCUAUCAGAGCAUCGAUUUCUGCUUCAUGGGGUUGGAAAUAUCUUUGUGUGUUCUGUAUGUAAGAAAGAAUUUGCCUUCUUAUGCAAUCUGCAGCAGCACCAGCGUGAUCUCCACCCAGAUGAGGUAUGCACACACCACGAGUUUGAAAGUGGGACCCUGAGGCCCCAGAACUUCACAGACCCCAGCAAGGCCAAUGUGGAGCAUAUGCCAAGUUUGCCAGAAGAGCCUUUAGAAACUUCUAGAGAGGAGGAGUUAAAUGAUUCCUCUGAAGAGCUUUACACGACCAUCAAAAUAAUGGCUUCUGGAAUAAAGACGAAGGAUCCAGAUGUUCGACUUGGUCUCAACCAGCACUACCCGAGCUUUAAACCUCCUCCAUUUCAGUACCACCAUCGAAACCCUAUGGGGAUAGGGGUGACAGCCACCAACUUCACCACCCACAAUAUUCCACAGACUUUCACUACUGCCAUCCGCUGCACAAAGUGUGGGAAGGGCGUCGACAAUAUGCCUGAGCUGCAUAAGCAUAUCUUGGCGUGUGCGUCUGCAAGUGACAAGAAGAGGUACACCCCUAAGAAAAACCCAGUGCCCCUGAAACAAACUGUGCAGCCCAAAAAUGGAGUGGUGGUUCUAGACAACUCUGGGAAAAAUGCCUUCAGACGGAUGGGGCAGCCCAAGAGACUGAGCUUCAAUGUUGAACUGGGUAAAAUGUCUCCAAACAAGCUCAAGCUGAGUGCGCUGAAGAAGAAAAACCAGCUGGUGCAGAAGGCCAUCCUUCAGAAGAACAGAGCCGCGAAGCAGAAGGCGGACCUGAGGGACACUUCCGAGGCGUCCUCACACAUCUGCCCGUACUGUGACAGGGAGUUCACAUACAUUGGCAGCCUGAAUAAGCAUGCCGCCUUCAGCUGUCCUAAAAAACCUCUUUCUCCUUCCAAAAGAAAAGUUUCCCAUUCGUCUAAGAAAGGUGGCCAUGCAUCAUCUUCUAGCAGUGACAGAAACAGCAGCAGCCACCCCCGGAGGCGGACUGCAGAUACCGAGAUCAAGAUGCAGAGCACGCAGGCACCCUUGGGCAAGACCAGAGCUCGGAGUACAGGCCCCGCCCAGGCCUCACUGCCCUCCUCGUCCUUCAGAUCCAGACAGAAUGUCAAAUUUGCAGCUUCAGUGAAAUCCAAAAAAGCAAGCUCUUCAUCCUUGAGGAAUUCCAGUCCCAUAAGAAUGGCCAAAAUUACUCACGUCGAGGGCAAAAAACCCAAAGCUGUUGCCAAGAGUCAUUCUGCUCAGCUCUCAAGCAAAUCCUCCCGAGGCCUGCAUGUCAGAGUGCAGAAGAGCAAAGCUGUCAUACAGAGCAAGACUGCCCUGGCCAGUAAGAGGAGAACAGACCGGUUCAUAGUGAAAUCUAGAGAGCGCAGCGGGGGCCCAAUCACCCGAAGCCUUCAGCUGGCAGCUGCUGCGGACCUGAGUGAAAGCAGGAGAGAGGACAGCAGUGCCAGGCAUGAGCUGAAGGACUUCAGGUAAGCCCAGAGCUCGGGGAGGUGAGGACUGCUGCAGAGCCGUAACUGGCCUGGAGGAUGUCUUUCCUCCUGCAGCAUAUAGACAAGAGCAUUUCAGCGAAGUGCCAGUUGCAUAAUUUGUAGCAUACCCCCACUGCCUUGGCUGCUGUACAGAUGAAUAAAUACAUUUUAUUUGACUUAGUACUCACAAAGUGGUACCAUUUCUUUAAUUUCGGAAUGGAACUUGAACCCAGUUCCCUGUGUGAAAGACGAAGUUCUCUUAAUUUACAUCUUGGGCAGUGUUCCAGAGCCACUCGUGUUGGUUCCUUGCCCUACAUUGCUCCUUGGGAUUAAGUGGGUCACAAGUCCAUUAGCAACCACAGUGCACUCUUGUGAUUUACUAGUUUGUGAUUUAAGCAGACUUGAUAGUGUCUAAAACUGUUCUUAUUAAUGCUUCCAUUUGCUAGUAUUUGCAUUUAAAAUGUUUUCCAUGUUGCUUAAAAUAAAAUAACCAUAUAUGUUAAAAAUGCCUUAUAUUCCUCUCCAGCCCUCUGCCUACAGCCAUAGUGAGAUCAGCAGUUGAGUUCUAGUGGGGAAGAAGAGCAGGCCAGGCCCUGGGGCUCACUGCUUCUCCUGCAGUGUUAGGUUUCAUUUUAGGUCUGAGCUGACCUUACUGCCUUAUUCCAUAUUCUCCCCAUGUACAUACGGUUCUCAGGGACAGAGCGAUGUGGCCCUAGUAUGGUCUGUUAUAUUGACUUCUCAAGCUGAGUUGAUAUACACUUGGAAUUCCUUCUCCUUCCCAGAUAAUGUCCACAGGUCAGUGGCUGUCAGAAGACUGCUCUGCACAUACUCGGACAGCUUCUGUGUGGCCUGUCUUGUUUCUGGGCUGUCAUGGCUGUACUUCUGGGUAUUGGAAGCAAACAGAGGUAGGGACAGCUGUGGAGUGACUUGUUUUAGAGAAGACCUAAGCAUACUAAGGUUUCAGUGUCACUCAGAGUCCUCGGUGCUGUGUGUCUUGAAGCAUAGCAGAAGAAAGCUCUAGACAUUGGGCACAGCAGUUUGAGCAGUUUCCUGUAGGGCUGAGGAUUGAGAUGUUUGGAAGGUACUUCAGAGCGUGCUAACUAAGUGUUAGUUACCGUCCAUCUGGUCACGUGUGGCCACACAGAUGCUUGGGCAGCAUUAUCGAGUUGGCUGUGGUGACAAAAAGCGCUGUUUUCAGCUGUCAGUGCUCCUUACUUCUAGGGAAGUUCCACACCAACUUAACAUUAUCGAAUCAUCAUUUUCAUGAGUUACCAUGCAGGUGAUUGAUGUUUUAGAAUGUACUUUCUUCUAGUGUUUUGUAAAAGAAUUAACUGUUUUGUACUGGAUCCUGUAGACUUUUCAAGGGUGUCUCUUUUCUCACUCCAGUGGAUUUUAAACUAUUUUGAUAGUUAACAGAAUUACAUUGCUGGAGUUAAAGUUGGCCUAAAAAGCACCACUUAAAGCUGUAGAUAAGAAGUCCCAAGUAGUGUGCUCAGUAACAGAUGCAGCGGGAUGUCCUAAUGACUAAUCCUUUUCCUUUGUGAGUCACUGCCCCUGUGUUCUAGACUGAUCUGCAGGAUGCAGGACAUCAUCCAAGACACUUAACCAAGAGGCUGUGACCUUGUGAAUUGUUUUGGACAAUUAAAAACCAAAUGUGUUCAGUUGAACAUCGAGUUUGAUUAUCUAGCCAUAAGAGUGGGCAUUUCUGCAGACUGCAUUUCAGUCAUUACUACCCCUAGCAAAUCUAACAGUAGGAUUCCUGGCUGCUGGCAUCCAUACACCAGGUGUCCUCUAACUCAGGGCUGCUACAGACUAGCCUGAGCUCUUCUCGGGGCUUGUGUGUUGUGUGCUACUAGGGAGGAAUGUUAACUGACAGUGGUCCUCAGCUCCAGUGUUUGUCUGAGUUGGCUCAGAGGAGACUCUGGUGCAUGGAACUCCCAUGAACUGUCGAUUUGCUGUCCUCAGCUCUGCAGAACCCGUAGCUUAUUCCUUCCCUGUUUGUUGAUGGCAGCAAACUGUGAUUAUAUGUCAUGUCCAGCAUCAGGCACAUGACACUUGAAAGCCAGCAUAGAUAGGGUUCUGCAGUUUUUCAAGGAUGCAGAUCUAGCCAGAUGGUUACCCUUCCAGGAUAAAGAGCCAUAUGCUCCAAAUACUUUUCUCACAACAAAGCCACCAAAAAAGCAGGGGAGCCUCUCCCUGAGUCUAUCAAAUCUGCCUGGACCAUCUUGCUACUGCCUUUGGAUCAGUUGCUGAGAACUCCUUUCCAGAGAGGAGAGCAGACGCUUCCCAUGUUCUUCCCUGUAAUUCAAAGAGCUCCUCUAUCCAAGCAACAUUUCCAUUUCUCAUGACACCUCCCGCACCCCCAUGCCCAGAGGUUAGAAAGCUGGAGAAGAAGCCAGGACAGAUUCUCCCCUGCCACUACCAGUGCUGAGUCAGCAAACCACCCUACCCCACUGCGUGCCCCACUGCGUGCCGUGGGUGGGAAACAGUCCUGUGUCCAUGGAGCAGGAGUGGAGUUCCUAACCGUUAGAGUUGUUUGUGUGUUUCUGUCUUGGUGACAUUUGUCUUACAGUCUCUUCAGCUUUUCCUUUAAUAUGGUCAGUUCAUACAAGGUUGUGUAUGUUGUCAUUUAUCUUCAGUUUUCUUAUUUUCUAGGAACUUCCUGUAGGAAAGCCCCCCCCCCCAAAAAAAAAAAAAAAAACCCUUAACUGACUAAAAGAUAUUGCAUGCUCAACUUAGAGUAAGCACUACGGCAAAGGAUACGAAAUCUGCCCAGCUUGCAAGACCAGUUGAAGCUGACUCAAAAGCUGUACCAUACAGCUGCUUACCGGCAGGCGUCUUGCCCUGGUUAGUGUCAGGCAUCCGUCUCUUGGGUGGAGCUCACGUGUGUGCUGUGCUCUCAGGGGAUUGAGAUCCAAAGAGAAGGGUGCCAUAAGAUAGGCCAGAUGGACUGGCUCUCCUCAUCACCCGACUGGCAGCUCAGCUUUGAGUGUGGCCCUUGAGACUGGCAGAGAGCAGCUAAGAGCAAUUGAACUGAACCUUGCAAAGCUAGUGCCCUUGUUUUAUCAGUGGUCCUAGUUUCAGGGAUGAUAGAUCGGGUGCACCCACCUCGAAACGCUUGCUUAUACCAGCCCUUGAUGCCUUUCUUUCAUGUGAAUUAUACAUUCAUGUGAACGUCAUGAGAGGCGUUUAGUUGAUCCCUAGCCCUCACCCCUUUAAAAAAAUCAUAAGCAGAUUGCCAGCAUAAUGCAGAGGAAACCAGAUUGGCUAGGACUCCUUCUCAUGCCUCUAUUAGUGUUAUAAGCAUAACUUGUGUCUAUAAGAGGACAUUAGCCUCUCACUGUCUGGCACUAAUUUAUAGCUAUUAUGAGAUGCUAUGUAGCAGUAUAUCAGUGCACGGAGAGCAUCCAGGCCUGGAUAGCUGUUUGUGUCUGCACACCAGGCCUUAUUCUUGUCUCAGUAGAUUCAAAGCAACAGAUCAGCCUCUUCUUUCCAACCGGGUCAGCACCACUUCUCCAUGAGUGCUGAUGCUUCCCCUAGAUUAAUGACUGAGGUGGUGGAAAAUGGCUAUAUUUUAUUCAUACUGUGUUUUGUACUCAACCUUAAAAGUAAUCUACCUCUUAAAAUUUGUAGUUUAAUACUUGUUUGAUGAAUUUGUGCCACUUUAACCUUUCACUAUCAUUCCCAUUGUGUUAAAUUUCUGUUAAGGAGACUUCAUGUUGGAAUACUGUAUAAAGCAUUUGUAGCAGUUUAAAAAUAAAGUAUUUAAAGUUA